UUUUUUUUCAGUCAUGGCUGUCAUCAACUCAUCAAUGAUGAUUUUGUAGCUAAAUCGCAAAAGAAAACUGAAAAGUCCGGCUUUUAUUUAUAAAACAGAGAUGUACACCGAUAAAUUGAGUUUAAAUGCAUAGGCUAUCACCCAACCCCGUGAUGCACCGGAUGGUUUUUUUCUUUCAAUACUAACAGCAUAGUGAAACUAGCUUACCAUUUCCCAGUCUACUUACAUUCAGUGUUUUGCUUAGUAUUUGACGCUGAAUAAGGAUAAUCAUGGCUAAUUCCGUUAAUAUAUCAAUUGAGGCUCCAAUAGAGAACCAAAUUCAAGAAAUCACCUACGAUGGCCAAGAAAUAUAUCAAGCCCCAUUGUCUAUGUCAGAGAAUCUGGCUAGAUUAGCGCAGAAGAUAGAUUUUUCAAAAACAGAAGAUGACUUUAUCGGACCUGCUAUUAAGAAGGAAGGGGAGGGUAGCAGUGAUAGCAAAUCUGAGGAUGAAACUAAAGAUGCUGGCUAUCAGUCCAGCAUGUGGCCGUGGGACUCCGUGAGGACCAAGCUACGGAGUGCUCUUACUGAAGUUUGUGUCCUAUCUGAUGUACUGAGCAUUGCUAAGGAAAAGCGAUACAUGGUGUUGGAUCCAAUACCAGCAGAACAGAUAGACAACCGGCCUAUGGUGCAGGUGUAUGGGCGCAAGAAGGCCCUGGCGGCCGCAGCAGCGGUCCUCCUUGCGGGUGUGGAGCGACUGAAGGCCAGCGAGACCAUGCGCACGGCCCGCAACAUGCCCGACUUCCACAUUGAUCUACUGAGACUAAGACAGAACUGGAGGCUGAAGAAAGUCUCUAACACCAUUGUUGGUGAUUUGAGCUACCGCACUGCUGGCUCCAAGUUCACUCAAACUGGAGUGUUUGAGGUAACAAAAGCGUCAGAAGACAGCAUAGCUCACCAGAUGAGCCUGAGCGCGGGCGCGGGCGGCGGCGCGGGGGCGGCGCCCUCCGCCCUGCGCGUCACCGUGCCGCCCGAGCUGCAGGGCGUCGCCUUCAUCACGGUGCUGUGCCAGAAAGAGCAAGAAGACGUAGUGACAGCGACCCUCAACUCGAGCGCUCUGAACUGCCCGAGCACGCUACCGGGCGAGGGCGCCGAGCUGCACUGGCAACAGAAGCUGGAGGCCGCUCAGAACGUGCUGUUCUGCAAGGAGCUGUUCGCGAGGCUGGCGGCCGAGGCGGUGCAGCUCGACGCGUCCAUACCGCACAUGGUUGUCGCCAACCAGAUCAUGGCCACUGUAUUACCCGGCAUUCAGUUACUGAUAGGACUGUGUCACAAUAACGGCCAGAACAACCAAAACAACGGCGACGGAGUGAAGUCGGAGGCACAAAGCGGCGCCGGCAUCGGCAAGCCCGAGCACGACCACGUUCUAGAACACUCUCUACACCAGCUGCUGCGAGCCGUCCACCACAGCAACACGCACCACCCCUUCCCGCACCCCGCCACCGGCCCGCUCGGGCCCUCCAAGCGACGCUGCCUCGCUGGCCCGAUGGCCGCCGACCGCUACGAGCUACUGGACAUGAGCAAGGAGCAGUCGCUGCUGGAGCAGAUCAUCCAGCAGGCGCAGCACUUCUUCAUGCGGCGCCGCGCCGAGAUCGUGCUCGACACUAUCGCGAGCAAGGAGGUGAAGGACCCACUGAUCGUGUCUCACUGGAAUGCGCUCAACAGCCCUACACAGUCCUGUGUGAAGAUCAACAUCAUGUCUCAAGGGUACGACGCAGUCUGCCGCACGUCACUCGUAGUGCACGUCGGGGAGAAGACGCUCAAGUGCAUCUGCCGCGACGGCAAGGUUCGCCACAUGAGCUACGAGCUGCAGGAGCUGCGCGACCUCAUCUACUGCCAGAUCUAUCAGCACCAGAUGGUGGCGGUGCAGGCGGUGGCGCGCUGCAUGGGCUGGCAGCUGCUGGCCAGCAGCUCGCACCUCGGCUCCGGCCCGGUGGAGCCGCUCGGGAACGCCUCCUCCUGCCUCCUGGCCUCGCCUAGUGGUGACAGAAUGAUAGCAGUAAGAUGCGAGCCAUCUGUUGGCAUUCAAGUAUUCAUUGCUCAGUCUCCAAGAAAAGACUUCUUUGUCAGUGAAUUAGUGCAAGACAAGAAGUGGGAGCAUCUUGGUGGUUCCUUCAAAGAAAUCAAGCUGGAAAGAAUGGAAGGCAAGAACUUCCUCAACAAGAUGGAACUAUUAAUGGCUUGCCUCAGCAGCCCUACUUAAAUCAAUUUUAAAUAAGUUAAAAUGUAAGUUAUGUUAAUAUUAAUUUUAUAAAAAUUAAACUAAUUUGUAACUUA